AUGGGAAAGAACAAGCAAAAUGGAGAAUCAGACAACAAGUCUGAAAAGAAGAACCAGAAAAAUGGAGAUUCAUCAGUCGAUAAGUCUGAUAAGAAAAAUCAAUGUAAAGAAAUUGUUCUGAAGGUUUACAUGCACUGUGAAGGAUGUGCAUCACAAGUUUCUCAUUGCUUGAGGGGCUAUGAUGGGGUUGAGCAUAUUAAGACAGAGAUAGGAGACAAUAAAGUUGUUGUGUCUGGAAAAUUUGAUGAUCCGUUGAAGAUAUUACGAAGAGUGCAAAAGAAAUUUAGUAGAAAUGCUGAGAUGAUUUCCCCAAAACAUAACCCUAAACAAGAUCAGAAGGAGCCACAGCAAAAGAAAGAAAGUGCUCCCGAGAUCAAAACUGCAAUUUUAAGAAUGAACAUGCACUGUGAAGGAUGUGUUCAUGAAAUCAAAAGAGGCAUUGAAAAAAUAAAAGGCAUUCAAUCGGUGGAACCAGACCGGUCAAAGUCAACGGUAGUGGUACGAGGAGUCAUGGAUCCUCCAAAACUUGUGGAGAAAAUCAAGAAAAAACUUGGGAAACAUGCAGAGCUUCUAAGUCAAAUUACAGAGAAAGGCAAAGACAAUAAUAAGAAGAACAAUAAUAAGAAGGAAGAAAGUGAUGGAAACAAAAUCUUUAGUUACCCUCCUCAGUAUUCAUCUCAACAUGCUUAUCCCUCUCAGAUUUUUAGCGACGAAAAUGUACAUUCUUGUUCAAUCAUGUGA